UCAUCCAUGCAUUAUUAGAUUACAUUCUCUCGAACAAAAUAUUCAUUUCUUUUUUUUUCCCGUUAACAAAUAUUGCUACAGAGCACUGACUUAACUUGGUGGUGGGUUUGGACAUUUAAUUACUUAGUUUUUCCAUCCAUGCAUGGCACUCUAUUUUGUGUGCUACGUGUUGAGUUAUGCAUUUUUAAAAUAUAUUUGAAGAAAACAAGGGGGAUGAGCAUUUUAAUCAUAGUAAGAUUUUGAGAUAUUUAGCUAAUCUAAGCUUAUCAUGCUAUGACAUUUUAGUUUUUAUCUUCUGUGUGGUCCCAUAGAACCAUUGAAAGGAUAUGAUGGUGUGAUAAAUGUUAUUUCUUAAAUGAUAAGUAAAGUUAUGGACAUUGUUAGGAUUUAGGAACGGUGGGUCAACAAGUCUUGUGUGGUUUGGUUUUAGUUGGCGAACGACCGCUAGACCAUGCAUGUUAUUUAAUUGCAUUUAAUUUUGUUACCUUACCUCUGACAGAGAGCAACCGAUCUUCUAAUUAAUAAAUUAAUGAAUUACCAUUCUCAAUAAUCGCAUUUUAUUUUCAAGUCUUCGACAUAUUUGUAUAUGUUACAUUAACUGUAAACAUCUUCGCUAUUAGAAUGCGGAAUCAGACUGGCUUCAGCCGGAUACGCGGUUUUUGGAAUGGACUAUGAAGGUCAUGGUCGGUCCAUGGGAUCUCGUUGCUAUAUCAAGAAGUUUAGUAACAUUGUAAAUGAUUGCUACAACUAUUACACCUCUAUUUGUGCGCAAGAGGAGUACAUGGAGAAGGGCAGAUUCUUGUAUGGAGAAUCCAUGGGAGGUGCAGUCACUUUAUUGCUUCACAAGAAAGAUCCUUCCUUUUGGAAUGGUGCCAUUCUUGUUGCUCCAAUGUGUAAGAUAUCUGAGAAGGUGAAGCCACAUCCGGUGGUGAUCAAUCUGUUAACUAGAGUCGAAGAGAUGAUACCUAAAUGGAAAAUAGUUCCAACAAAAGACGUCAUUAACGCUGCUUUCAAGGACCUUGCCAAGCGAGAAGAGGUGAGGAACAACAAGCUGAUUUAUCAAGACAAGCCUAGACUCAAGACCGCACUUGAAAUGCUUAGGACAAGCAUGAACCUCGAAGACAGUCUCCACGAGAUAACAAUGCCCUUCUUUGUAUUACACGGAGAAGCAGACAUAGUGACGGAUCCAGAGAUAAGCAAAGCUUUGUACGAGAAAGCUAGCUCAAGGGACAAGACUCUCAAGUUGUAUCCUGGGAUGUGGCACGCUCUGACGUCUGGUGAGCCUGACUAUAACGUGGAUCUUGUUUUUGCUGACAUCAUCAGUUGGCUUGACCAUCGAACAGCUGACCCAGCCUCUCUAACUGUCACUCCUAUACGAGCUAAUACCACUGCUAGUGUCGAGAGGGUUUUUGUUGACGGCGUUAGUAGCGGUCAAAGGAGACCUAGACGCGCCUACUUCAGUCUCCUUUGUGGUUUGAACGGUGGCCGUUUGGUGCCUCGAUCUGCUAUGUAAAACGUAAUAGUUUUUUUUUCUCAAACAUUGUUUCUCAGUGAAAUUACCUGGAAAAGUGUGAGUUACUCUAUGAUUGUUUCGUAUGUGGAUUAUUAAAGGUUGGUCUCAUUUAUGGUUAGAAAAAUCUAAAUAUGGCCAAGGGACGUAUGAUCUAUAUUCUCUUUUAAGCUAAGUGUGAUUGAGAUGUUAUUGUAGCU